AUGCUGGCGUCCUCGCCCUCGCCCUCUCAGGCCGCUUUGCGCUCCCCGCUUCCUUCGACAUCGCAUUAUGAGAACUCUGCUCCACAUUUUAACAGUCCCCGUUCCUCACGUAUGGUUGAAGAACUCCGGUCGGCCUUGAACCGGCAUACCGUCGAUCCCUCCCCUGAAACUUUGGGGCGCGCAGCUGCAGAGCGCAAGGUUUCUUCGACUUCGGCCUUGGCCUCACACUCCGUCCCUUCUGUACCUACCGCCACCCCUCCGAUGCCCGCCCCUGUCUCCAACAAGCGCCACAGCCAGACCGACCAUCACUCCUCGGAUGCGACCCCGGUGGACUGUGAUGGUCAGGACUUGGAAAGGUCGCAGUCAAAGCGGCUGCGGGCCUCCAAGCCCGAUGUCAAGAUCUUGCCCGCGGAAUAUGAACUCGCCGACCCCCGUGACAUGGUCGUGCUGAUCUCCAGUAUGCUCAUGGAGCUGAUCCGAUUCAACGACAAAAUCCCGUUGCACCAAGGUCGCCUCACUCGCUUCCACUCCCGCUCUCCGCCCCGAAUCUCCGUCCAGGAUUACCUGCAGCGUUUGACGACCCACGCCACCCUCUCCCCGCCCAUCCUCCUCAGCAUGGUCUACUACAUUGACCGGCUGUGCGCGCUGUACCCCGCCUUCACCGUCUCCAGUCUCACCAUCCACCGAUUUUUGAUCGCCAGCGCCACCGUAGCCAGCAAGGGUCUCAGCGACAGCUUCUGGACCAACAAGACGUAUGCCCGCGUAGGCGGAAUCGGCAUGACGGAGUUGGCCAUGUUGGAACUAGAAUUCCUGUUUAAGGUCGAAUGGCGCAUUGUGCCACAGCCCGAAGUGCUCGUGGACUACUACCAGAGCCUCGUCGAUCGAUGCGACGGGUUCGAAAUUGAACGCCCUUGCGAAAACGGUGGGUCGAUGGCUGGGCCAACAGGCAUGGCACCCGCAUCUUGA